AUGGAGCUUCUUCAACGACUGGCAUCGUACGGCAACAUCCUAUUUGGUUGGGAAAUGCUACUCUCACCUGGUCUGACACUGGACACAUUGGAAUUCAUCAAGGCCAACCUCAUUGGUUCACGAACUUAUCUUGACCCAAACAGAUUCAAGAGGAUGCCAGAGUUGUUUUUGGUCAAGGACAUUACAUUGCUCAAGGAUGUUUUUGAACUAAUCACCUUGGAUCUUGGUGACAUGAUGGUGCGCGCCCUCAUCCGCAGGCGUCCCGAUGUUUUCACAGUACUUGCAGAGACUGGGUGUCGUGUUGGCCCUGGGGCUCUAUCAUCUCUUCACUCUGUUGAGAAUGUUCACGUACUGAUCGACUCUGGAUGCUUGGAGCAAGAACCCACGCAAUAUUAUAACAAUAUCCUGAAAAUCAUCAUUGAACGCUACUACGACAUAUCAUUAGUACGCGACUUUCACAACAAGUAUGGCCGUGUCUAUGCCCAUACAAAUGAGUCAAACUCAAGUUCUACUCCUGUAAUGGAGUAUGCAGCUCGACAUGGCAACCUGGAGAUUGUACGCUUCCUCCACCAAAACCUACCAUAA